GCGUGGAAGAUUAGAGAAUAAAACUGAAGCGUUACAGAAAGUGAUGCAUUGGAGGAUGGAUGGGUGGAUGGAGGGAGCCAGGAUGUGGCAUGUGUGCAUGACGUCAUUUCUCCAUGUACUGUGCGCCAUUUUGGAAAGAGAAAAAAAAAAAAAAUCACGGAUAAUUUCCGUGGUCUUGACAGAUCUGAACCCGAGUCUUCACACUGAUUGUUCAUGCCUUUUUUUUGAUUCCCCCAAGCAAGCCGCGUUGUUCUGACUGGGCAUCGGAAGCUGUGUACAACAACAACAGCUGCUAAAUGAAGCAAUGGCGGGAGUUGCAGGAGGAAAUGAUUUUCAGUGGUGUUUCUCCCAAGUGAAAGGAGCGAUAGAUGAAGAUGUUGCGGAAGCGGACAUAAUCUCAACUGUUGAGUUCAACUAUUCUGGAGAAUUACUUGCAACUGGAGACAAAGGAGGACGAGUAGUGAUAUUUCAGCAUGAACAGGAGUCUAAGAAUCGCCCACACCUGCGUGGAGAAUAUAACGUCUAUAGCACUUUUCAGAGUCACGAGCCAGAAUUUGACUAUUUGAAAAGUUUAGAAAUCGAGGAAAAAAUUAAUAAAAUAAGAUGGCUACCCCAACAAAAUGCUGCUCACUUUCUACUUUCAACAAACGAUAAAACUAUCAAAUUGUGGAAAAUAAGUGAAAGAGAUAAACGAGCAGAUGGUUACAACCUGAAAGACGAAGAUGGGCGACUCCGAGAUCCUUUUAGAAUCACCUCUUUACGGGUACCAGUACUGAUGCCAAUGGAUCUCAUGGUAGAAGCAAGCCCACGGAGGAUCUUUGCAAAUGCGCACACCUAUCACAUUAAUUCCAUUUCUGUAAAUAGUGACCAUGAAACUUACCUCUCUGCAGAUGACCUAAGAAUAAAUCUAUGGCACUUGGAAAUCACAGACAGAAGUUUUAAUAUUGUAGACAUCAAGCCCGCCAACAUGGAGGAACUGACGGAAGUAAUCACAGCUGCUGAGUGCCACCCACACCAAUGCAAUGUAUUUGUGUACAGCAGUAGCAAAGGCACCAUUCGCCUGUGUGACAUGCGAGCAGCGGCACUCUGCGAUAGGCACUCAAAGUUCUUUGAAGAACCUGAGGAUCCGAGCAGCCGAUCCUUCUUCUCAGAGAUCAUCUCCUCCAUCUCAGACGUGAAGUUCAGUCACAGUGGACGCUAUAUGAUGACGCGUGACUACCUCUCAGUCAAAGUUUGGGACCUCAACAUGGAGAACAGACCAGUGGAGACGUAUCAGGUCCAUGAAUAUCUUCGCAGUAAACUCUGCUCUUUGUAUGAAAACGACUGCAUCUUUGACAAGUUUGAGUGCUGCUGGAAUGGCAGUGACAGGUAA